UGAGAACAUUUUAAUCGCUAGCAAGAAGUUGAGAGAGACGCGCUGUGGUGUUGGAGCGCAAACGACACGGUGUCGAAAAAAAAAAAAAAAAAGUCAUUUAUAGUUGGAAGUGAACAAUGUCGUCGUCACUUGCACCCUUAGGUCCGAGGAGAACCAAAAAGAGGAGUGGCCCCACGGUGUCCACGCUCAUCCUCAACGCCGUCUCCUCCUGCGAGGGCCCGCGCGGCGUGUCGCUGGUGGCCCUCAAGAAGGUGCUGAAAGCCAGCGGCUACGACGUGAUCCGGAACAGAGCCCGGAUCCGCCUCACCAUCCGGAGGCUGGUGACGCAGAAGUACAUCCGGCGCACCAGAGGCAAAGGAGUCUCCGGCUCCUUCAAGAUCAACCGCAAGGCGCCUGCGCGACGCGGCGCCAGGAGGGGCCGGCGGAGGAGGAGGAGGAGGAGGAGGAGGGGGCGGAGGAGGAAAACCGCAGCGGCCGGGAGGAGGAGGAGGACCCCCAGGAGGGGCCGCUCCAGGAGGAGGCGCAGAAGGGUCACGCCUCCGGUGAAAACGAGGCCAGCCCGGAGGAGGAGGAGGAGAGCCCCGAGAAGAAGAGCCAGGAAGCCUAAGGUGGUCAGACGCAGGAGGCCUAAACCCACCAACACCCGCAGCAGGAGUAGGAGGAGGAGGAUGAGGAGGGUGUAUUAGAGGGACCCCCAACAGGUGGUCCUGGCAUCCUGAAGGCACAUGGACUAAUAAUGUAUUGAUAAUGAAGCUAUAUUUUUCCUUCUAUAAUAAGGACUAAUAAUCCUGCUGUCUCAGCACUUA